AUGUAUUCAUUUCUCUGGCAUCUCGCUACAGCUUUGGAGAGCUGGAUACAAAGAAUCGGGAGCUUGCAUGGAUCUCAUUGUCUUGCGUUGAUACAAACCUGAAGGAUCUGAAAACUUCCACUUUUCUGUCGUCGAUACUUUUCAGCCGGCUUCAGGAUGAUGAAGUUUAGGUUCAGAAGACAGGGGAAUGACCCUCAGAGGGAGAAACUCAAGCAGGACCUUUUUGCUUUUAAUAAGACUGUUGAACAUGGAUUUCCUAAUCAGCCCAGUGCCUUCGCUUAUGACCCCAAACUGCGACUUAUGGCCAUUGGCACUAAAUCUGGAGCAGUCAAAAUUUAUGGGUCCCCUGGCGUCGAGUUCACAGGUCUGCACAAAGACACAGCCACUGUCACGCAGAUCCACUUCCUGCCUGGACAGGGCCGCUUGCUCUCUCUGCUGGAUGAUAACACUCUGCACCUGUGGGAGAUCAGCCCGAGAGAGGGCAGCUCGCACCUGGAGGAGCUCCGCAGCUUUAUCCUGCCGGGGCGGCCAGGCAUCGAGAGCACAAGUGCCACUCGUGUGACUGUCCUUCUGUUGAAGACGGGCUCUGAGCUGUUAUGCCUGGGUACAGAGGGAGGGGGCAUCCACUUCCUGGAGCUGCCCAGCCUGGGCCUACUGGAUACAAAAUCUUUAUUGCAGGAUGAGAUCAUACAGAGCCUUCCUGAGGACUACAAGUGUGGGAAAUCUCUGGGGCCCGUGGAGUCGCUGCAGGAGCACCCGCAGUGCCCUGACAAAAUUCUCAUUGGCUACAGCAGAGGUCUGGUGGUACUGUGGGACCAGAGUACGCGACAGGUGGUCAACCUGUUCUUAGGGAACCAGCAGUUGGAAAGCCUGUCAUGGGAGCGCAGCGGCAGGACUUUCGUCAGCUCCCACAGUGACGGGGGGUACAUGGUGUGGGCAGUUAACAGCAGCAGCCCCCGCACCCAGCAGCCCAUCACAUCCACCAUACCGUACGGCCCCUUCCCCUGCAAAGCAAUCAACAAGAUUCUGUGGAGGACGACAGAAUUAGGAGCCCCCUUCGUGCUGUUCAGUGGAGGCAUGCCCAGGGCCAGCUAUGGGGACAGACACUGUGUAACUGUGCUGCAGGAGAAGACUCAAGUCACUCUGGACUUCACGUCUCGCGUUAUCGACUUCUUCACCAUCUACAACACAGACAGUGAAAAGGAGUUUGAUGACCCCACUGCCUUGGUGGUCCUGUUGGAAGAAGAACUUGUUGUGAUUGACCUCCUGACCACUGGGUGGCCCACCAUCCCUUCUCCGUACCUCGCUCCGCUGCACUCCUCUGCCAUCACCUGCUCUUGUCACAUUUCCAAUGUGCCAACCAAGCUGUGGGAGAGGGUGAUAAGCGCUGGGCAGCAUCAGAGCCAGCCACAGACCCACAUGAAGUGGCCAAUCAAUGGGGGGAAGAAUCUGGCUCCUGAUCCAAAACAGAAAGGACUGCUGCUAACUGGACAUGAGGAUGGCACUGUUCGCUUCUGGGAUGCGUCAGGGGUCUCCCUCAAACCUCUGUACAAACUGAGCACCGCCAACAUCUUCCAGACAGACUGUGACCAUAAUGACAGCCUUGGACAAGCAGGCGAGGAGGAGUGGCCUCCCUUCAGGAAGGUGGGGUGUUUUGAUCCAUACAGCGAUGAUCCCAGGCUGGGAAUACAGAAGAUUUCACUGUGCAAAUACAGUGGGAAGCUGGUGGUGGCAGGAACUGCUGGCCAGGUCCUGGUGAUGGACCUUAACGAGGAGAAGUCAGAGCACACAAUCAAUGUGGCUACUCUGGACAUCCUACAAGACAGAGAGGGCUUUACCUGGAAGGGUCACGACCGCUUGGCCCCUAAAAAUGGACCAAUCAGCUUUGCCCCUGGCUUCCACCCCGUAAUCCUAGUGCAGUGCAUGCCACCGGCAGCAGUAACCGCGGUAACGCUGCACGCUGAGUGGAAUCUCAUUGCGUUUGGCACCAGCCAUGGCUUCGGCCUGUUUGACUACCACCGCCGCAGCCCUGUGCUGGCAAGAUGUACACUGCACCCCAAUGACUCGCUGGCCAUGGAAGGGCCCCUGUCAAGGGUCAAGUCAUUGAAGAAGUCUCUGCGUCAGUCCUUCAGAAGAAUCCGAAAGAGCAGAGUUUCUGGCAAGAAGCGAGUCUUGGUCAACAGUCCAACCAGCAAAGUGCACGAGGCCAAUGCCCAGCUGGCAGAGCAGGCGGGCCCUCAUGAUGUGGAGAUGGCGCCGGUGCAGAGGCGGAUAGAGCCCCGCUCCGCUGAUGACUCUCUUUCCGGAGUGGUGCGCUGUCUAUGUUUUGCUGACACGUACCUUAGAGACGGGUCUCACCACGGGCCCACCAUGUGGGCGGGCACCAACUCGGGCUCGGUGUACGCGUACGCCCUGGAGGUGCCCUCACAGGAGAAGUUCUCUGAGCAGAGCGUGGAGGCCGUGCUGGGAAAGGAGAUCCAGCUGAUGCACCGAGCGCCCGUGGUUUCCAUCGCCGUGCUGGACGGGCGGGGAAACCCCCUGCCCGAGCCCUACGAGGUGUCGCGGGACCUGGCCAAGGCCCCCGACAUGCAGGGCAGCCAUUCGGUCCUCAUCGCCUCCGAGGAGCAGUUCAAGGUGUUCACGCUACCCAAGGUCAGCGCCAAGACAAAGUUCAAGCUGACAGCCCACGAGGGCUGCCGGGUGCGCAAGGUGGCGCUGGCGAGCUUUGGCAGCGUGUCGGCAGACGAGUACAGCGAGAACGGCCUGGUGUGCCUCACCAACCUGGGCGACAUCCACGUGUUCAGCGUGCCCGCGCUCCGGCCACAGGUCCGCUACGACUGCAUCCGCAAGGAGGACAUCAGCGGCAUCGCCUCCUGCGUCUUCACCAAAACAGGGCAGGGGUUCUACCUGAUCUCCCCCUCGGAGUUCGAGCGGUUCUCCCUGUCAGCACGAGUCAUCACUGAGCCUCUCUGUUCUGUGGAUAUGGACCGACCUCAUCGCCACACGGCUCUCAGCAAUGCGACUACAUCAAUUCAGGCCAACGGUACACACAAAAUACAGUCCGCAGGAGAGAGUCAUUCCCUUGGGGAAGCAGAAGGGGUUUUAGAAGAGAUCCAAGCUGCUCUGUCCUCCCCUGCCCUGGACUCUCCCAACAGCAGUGCUGACAUCACGCUGGACACCACCGGUGACAUCACCGUCGAAGACGUCAAAGACUAUUUAACGUCUGUGGAUGAAGCUGAGAAGAAUCUGAAGAAUAUUGCGGAGGAAGAUGGUCGGUCUCCAGGCAUUCUCAUUAACUGAAGUGGGAUUCACUGGCCUACAGUAACAUGUGGGCCCAGACUGCAUUGGGAACAGUUUGGUUAUGACUAAUGGAACUCGGCUAAAUAAAACUAAUAUCAAUAACGAAGCUGGACCAGAAACUGCUCUCCAUAGGAUUUUGACUAGCGAUGUGAGGACAUGAACUCUUCCUCUGUGCCAAACGACAGAAAAUGCAGGUUUUUUUCUCUCAUCUCUUAUUUCUGGAUGUCUGCUGUACCCCCUCCACCCAUCCAUGUUUAAGAAGGAAUGCCUCUGGGGCCGGGGGGGGGGGGGGGGGGGAUGUGCCGCCAUCUGAGGGUUUAGGCCUUCACAUUCUGCUUAUCUGAUUGGAACCUGGAUCCUCUUUCAGAGCUAGCUUAUGGAAGGGCGAAGUUCCAGUGUGCUGCUGUGUGCCAAGCGAUGAGGAUGUUCUUUCCCUUUCACCAAAACCACCUGUCACAUUGCAGCUGAAUCUGAACCAACAAGGGGCAACAUCUAGUGAAAUUGGAUAUCGUGCUCCAAUCCAAAGUUCAGCAAAAUUGUCAAUGUUCUUUCCUUGUCACCGAUGAUUACAGGUUGAAUUCUUUUUAUAUAUAUAGAAUAUAUAGAAUCCAUCUUUUUUUUCCCAUAUUCCUUUCUUGGGUCCUUUGAUGCCUUUUCCGAAGUGCUCUGUUCAGUAAUGGCUCUGUGUGGGUUCGGUCUGUCAGUAGCAGAGUGCUCCCAGUCUCACUAGCUGGCACUCCAUUAUGUAAUCAGCAGAAGUGAUACAGUAUGAUUAGACAAUGGACUGGAGUUCGAUUUUCCCUAAAUUAUUUCCUUUUCUUUCAUGUUGUGAUGGUUUGUGAAGCUCCAGGCCACUGAAGUGAUCCCUUUGGACCCUGUGGGUUUGAUCAAGUGGCUGAGUUUUAUGACAGAUUCUUAACAGCUGUCCUGGUGUGCCGGCAGCCCUCUUCAUGAUGUUUGUAGAUUGGUUACAUAUGAUGGAUAUUCCUCAGCUGCCAAGAUUGUUUUUCUGUACAUUACUUUCCUUCUUUCUGAUUUACUUUCGCUUUUGCCCCUUCUUUUCUGCCAAGUCACAUUUAAUAUCCGCAAACAGGUUUCUUUGACAUGAGUUCUCUGGUAAAAUGGUUUUGCUUAAGGACUGUGAGCACAGCAGCGUAGAGCAUGGUGUUUGACCAAAAGUUAUUUUGGAAGAGAAUGAACCUUUUUAUCUUUGUUUUUAAAAGUGAGCAGGUGACUCUACAGUGUUUCCUCGGUUACCUAGGCCAGGUACGGUCACUUUAAUGGACAGUAAUCUUUUUUGAUAAUGUAUGUGUAAUAUCUUUUUUUAUUCUGUUCACAGUAUUAACACAAUAUGUAGAAACUAAUUAUGUAUGAUUUUUGUAUUGAAAGGAUGUUUUAUAGGCACUGGUGGGUAGAGCACUAAUGAUUUCUUACUGUGUUUUGCUGGGUGGUUAUAUUGUGAAUCUGAUUCAUGGGCUUGGAACCUACAGUCCAGGGUGCUGAUUAUGAGAGUGGGGCUCUUUGGGAACUAAGGGUUUGUUUAUAUUUGGACUGAACGUUCAGCUUUCCCAAAAGUGUUUUUCCUCAUGAAUUGAAGACAUUUUUCUCUUUUAAAGUCAAAAGAUCUUACGAAGGCAGAUGCUUGAACUGAAGAAAAUAAUGGACCAGAUUUUGCCCUUAACAUCUCAAGAUAUUUUCAUCAGUUGAAGUCCUGGUUAAUUUUUUGGGUGCCAAUUGUGUGAUCAUAAUACACAAAUAAUGUCAGUAAAUGUAUUUCAUAAAAGCAAAACUUCUAUUCAUUGAAACAUGGCAGUUCUGUUUGCAUAACAUCAGGAAUUACACAUUUAAAAAAAACAUGUAAAAUGCAAUGGAUAACCAUCUCGCUGGAAACUCCACUUCUCUAUUGGCCUUUGUUUGAACACAGUUAGUGUAAAUACAAAUGGCCACCUUGGUUUCUUGUCUUUAGAACCACUUUGUAUUCUGAAAGGGACCCCAAAUUCUUUUGUCAUUUUAUUUUAUAUAUGUGUUGUGUGUAUGUUUUCCAUCAAAGGAAGACAUGAAGACUUAAAAUAUUGUAUUGUUGGCACCUAUCCUGUGAAACUUUUAAGACUAGUUUACAUUUAAUUUGUUUUCUUUCUUCUCAUGUAGAAUGUACCUCUUACUUGAUGGUUUAGCAUUGUAAGUAAUUGAAAAUUCAGCAUUUGAUUUGAUGUUAAAUAAAGCAUUUACUGCCUAGUG